CCCGAGGGCGCACCAGGCACACGCCAAGGCCGAGGGCUGCCGAGGGUGGAAGGCGCGGGCUUCAGGAAGGAGAAAGUGCUGCUCUCCCGGGUCACUUGGCCGGUGGCGGGGGGACCAUGGCUUUGAAGGACACGGGCAGUGGCGGCAGCACCAUCCUGCCCAUUAGCGAGAUGGUCUCCUCGUCCAGCUCGCCGGGCGCGUCUGCGGCCGCCGCCCCGGGGCCCUGUUUGCCCUCGCCCUUCCCCGAGGUAGUGGAGCUCAAUGUGGGAGGCCAGGUCUAUGUGACCAAGCACUCGACGCUGCUCAGCGUCCCGGACAGCACUCUGGCCAGUAUGUUCUCGCCCUCCAGCCCCCGGGGCGGCGCCCGACGCCGCGGAGAGCUGCCCAGGGACAGCCGAGCGCGCUUCUUCAUCGACCGGGACGGCUUCCUCUUCAGGUACGUGCUGGAUUAUCUGCGGGACAAGCAGCUCGCGCUGCCCGAGCACUUCCCCGAGAAGGAGCGGCUCCUGCGCGAGGCCGAGUACUUCCAGCUCACCGACCUGGUCAAGCUGCUGUCGCCCAAGGUCACCAAGCAGAACUCACUCAACGACGAGGGCUGCCAGAGCGACCUGGAGGACAACGUCUCCCAGGGCAGCAGCGACGCGCUCCUGCUGCGUGGAGCGGCCGCAGCCGCGCCCUCGGGCCCGGGAGCGCACGGCGCGGGCGGCGGCGGCGCGCCGGACAAGCGCUCGGGCUUCCUCACGCUCGGCUACCGCGGCUCCUACACCACGGUGCGAGACAACCAGGCGGACGCCAAGUUCCGGCGUGUGGCGCGCAUCAUGGUGUGCGGGCGCAUCGCGCUGGCCAAGGAGGUCUUCGGGGACACGCUCAACGAGAGCCGCGACCCCGACCGGCCGCCCGAGAAGUACACGUCCCGCUUCUACCUCAAGUUCACCUACUUGGAGCAGGCGUUCGAUCGCCUGUCGGAGGCUGGCUUCCACAUGGUGGCGUGUAACUCCUCGGGCACCGCCGCCUUCGUCAACCAGUACCGCGACGACAAGAUCUGGAGCAGCUACACCGAGUACAUAUUUUUCCGACCACCUCAGAAAAUAGUGUCACCUAACCAAGAACAUGAAGAUAGGAAACAUGACAAAGUCACAGAUAAAGGAAGUGAAAGUGGGACUUCCUGUAAUGAGCUCUCCACUUCCAGCUGUGACAGCCACUCAGAGGCCAGCACUCCCCAGGACAACCCACCCAGUGCCCAGCAGGCAACAGCUCACCAACCCAACACCUUAACAUUGGAUCGCCCUUCCAAAAAGGCACCUGUGCAAUGGAUGCCCCCACCAGACAAACGCCGAAACAGUGAACUCUUUCAGACACUCAUCAGCAAGUCCCGGGAAACAAAUCUAUCCAAAAAGAAAGUCUGUGAGAAGCUAAGUGUGGAAGAAGAAAUGAAAAAGUGUAUUCAGGAUUUUAAAAAAAUCCACAUUCCAGAUUAUUUUCCAGAGCGCAAACGCCAGUGGCAGUCUGAACUGUUGCAGAAGUACGGCUUAUAGUAAUCGUCACAUUCCUGCCGUGUUUCGGUGACAUUUGAUGUUUACUACAGUGUUGCCGCCUGACUAUAUCCUAACAAUGGUCAGUGUGAUUCUUGCUGCUCUUCCUUUUUGUGAACAGUGGACGUGGGACAGUCUUUUCUUUCAUUCUUUUUUGUUGUUGUUGUUUUUAGAGAUAUGAUUUUGAAAAAAGAAUAAAAAAACAAAUGUUAAUUCAAACUGGCAUAUCUGAUUCAAACCGUUUUGCAAGAAUGAAAGUAAAAUGUGCAUGAUCAAGAAGCUUCAAAUCUUGAUUUUUUGAACUGUGGUCAACUGGAUACGUUUGUCAUUUUGUAACUCGCCAAAAACAAAUCAUCGUAUCGCUCCAACGAAAAUGACAAUAUGGGUGAAGUAAUAUCAACUAAAAUGUCCGAUGACGGUUUGGGGGACCCAAAUCCAAACCUGUUUAAAUGUUAAUGCAAUAAAACAAGUUAUUAUUUUUGCAUGAACACAAUGUAACAAAUAAAUCACAAGACGUAGGGAAGAUCUGUUUGUUGCUUGGAAAGAAAAAAAUUACAAAAAAAUUAAGAAAAAAAAAAGUGUUUCAGGCAAAGCCUGUAAAUGUAAACUGUCUAGGAGAUUGAUUUUAUUUGUUCUGGAUCUGUGAUAUUUUUGUGUAUGUGUAUGGUGUUCUGUAUGUUAAGAUGGUGUAAAUAUGCCUUAUGCUGUUGUGUUAUGGCACUGACAUUCAUCUAUUAAUGCUAGUCAUGAUUAUUUCUGUGAAAUGAGUCCUUACAUCAGGCUGUGAAAAUUGGUCUAAUGAUGCUCUGAAAGAUUCUAUUAUCGUGUUAAUCAAAAUAAUUGAGGGAAAUGGUAAAAAGCUUUAUGUAUUUAUUAAAAAAAGGAAAAUAUAUUAGAA